GCAGAACAUGUUGCCUGACAGUGGUAAACAGACGUCAGAAGGGAGUCUUCGCCUCGAGUCAAAACAAAACAAAACAAAACAAGUCAAAAGAUAAAGAAGAAAUGGAUAUUUGAGCGGCUACAACGACAGAAACUUUUACUAAAUCUAUCGCCUAUAAUAAACGACUACUUGGAGGAAGUUACUGGAGCCAUUUUAUGGACUUUUCUUCGGAUAGUAAACUCUGGAGUAGCAGGAGCUUAACCAGCUAACGUUACGGUGGCUAUCGUGCUAUUUUCAAAGUGCGGCAAGUAGGAGCCGACAGACCUCGGAGGCGGCCAAACUCCACAUAACACCCGGGAAUUCGCUCUUUUCUUCGAUUGCAGGGGCUGCGGAGAGGAAAUCUGCCUGGCUCCCGGCCUCAGUGGAGAGGUUUUGUAAGCGCUUCUUCGAGCAUCGUGUGCCGCGGCAGGAGUGUGGAGAAACAUGGCAGAUGGUGACAUGCGCCUGGCCGCAAUGUGGCGGAUCGUGCAGACCUGAAGCCCGGACUUUCUUACUCACAUUUCUCUCCUUUACUUGUGCUGAUGCUGUGUUACACAUCAGUGUACCCCCUUUUAAACCCGCUCUUCUUUUCUUUAUUGGUAACGAGACAUUAGUGUGGCUGUUUAUUUGCAGUAUACAGGCCAAAGAAACGGCGGCGGUCAGCGUCUCAUUGCUGUUUUUUUAUGUUCUUUUUUUCACUGAACAAAAUAUUUUUUAAUUAUCAAGUUGUACAAUAUUCCACUAGAAAUUGAUUUUACUUGAGACCACCCGGGGGGUCCUUUGAGGAUAUUUUACAAAGUUUUGUUGGAGGUUUUGCGGCUUGUGGAAAGCCUUGACAUCACGUUGUUUACUUGUGGAGACGGUCAGGGGCUGUCCUAAGACGCUCCUCUGUAACACGACUCAGUUAAUCCCUGCUGGUUGUCUGCAUUGUUAUACAGUUUUUAAACAAAUCCCGAAUUUAUAAGAGAAAAAUUGUUUCAUUUGGUACGAAAAAAACGGGAUAUUCAACCUUGUUACAUUAAGGAAACCUGUUUUAAGGUUACUGUUUACAACAUUAUUCACUCACUUCCAGAAUAUUUACACUUUUACCCCCCCACUGGAAUGGCAGUAUUUUGUACCUAUUUCACAGGCAGAUUUUGUUAAUCAUUCCCAGGUGAGCACAGACCUCUGCAGAUCCAGAUGUCUUGGUGCUCAUCGCCACCUUACCACUUUUGUUUUUGUUUCAUUCGGACAACAAAGAGACUCUCAUCCCAGCCCUCCUUCAUUCUACAUAAAUCACAAGGUUUAUGAUAGUUACUAUUAAGGAGAUUAUUUGGGUUCCCUAAUCUCCAAUCUGAGGAUUAACUGAGGCCAUUGGUGUGUCCAGAUUAUUACGUCUCUUCUAGACCCCUCUGUUUACACCCCGCAGUGGCUGAAGCAUAUUGUUCACUUCAGGAAGUGUUUUUGAUGCAACAUCCGCACAAAAAAUAACUUUAAAGUUUAAAGUUACAUGACUACAGUGGUUCACCUCUUUGCUUGAGAGGAAGUUCAGAGCACCGCCAUGGAAGACUCGUCGGUGCCCCCGAUUGACCCAGAUUUCGAGCCGCAGAGCAGACCCCGCUCCUGCACGUGGCCUCUACCGAGACCAGACAUCUCGGUUGUCAAACCGGAGGGAGCGGAUGGCGCCGAGUCCGCCGCCGGGACCCCGCCCGCGGAUGAGGACAAACCCGAGACGCAGCAAAUCACCUCCGAGCCGGAGAAGAGUGCAGCGGCUGCGGAGGGUGGGAUCGUGGCCGGCGUGGGCGGAGCCGGCGUGACGCCCCGCAAGGGAUCAUCUCGGCGCAACGCGUGGGGGAACCAGAGCUACGCAGAUCUGAUUAGUCAGGCCAUCGAGAACUCACCUGAGAAGAGGUUGACCCUGGCGCAGAUCUAUGAGUGGAUGGUGAAAACUGUGCCUUACUUCAGAGACAAAGGAGACAGCAAUAGCUCAGCCGGCUGGAAGGUGAGUCAGUGGGUGGUGCUCAUCUUCUACACUGAGUCUCUUUACAAGGUGGAAACUAAUUAGCUGUCAUAAGUCACAGACUUGAGUCUUUCCAACCAUGUCACACUAUAAAUUCAUUAGUGUUUGGGUGGCUAUUAUGAGUGUAGGGCUAUGCAGGAGAAAUACAACAAAUCCUCAAACAAAUGAAUCUUUUCUACUUUAAAAGCAUAUCACAUUAUGAUGAUAAUGAUAACAAUAUUACAGUCGUUGAUGUUAUUAUUAUUAUUAGUGUAAGUAUUUUACUUUAAAGAGAUAUUCCGGCAUAAAGUUAAUUUAGGGUCAAACACAGUGUAACAUCAAGUUAGACACCCCCUCGAGAGAUGAAUGUUGCCGACGGCUUGCUUCUCUAGUUAUACUGACUUUAGUAACGACCGCACGAUAGCAAUACACAGCGGUCUGAGGAGCCACACACAAACCUCAACCAAAACGGCACUCAAUAGCCACAAAUAAUGCUCAGAACAGCAGGGUCCCAGCCACAGCACUAGCCAUCAAACAUCUUUUUAACUUUGCCUGAUUUCUUUAGCAAAGAGAUUAAACACACCUCACCUAUUCUCUUCCAGCAGCCACUUGUUUGAAGCAAAACCCCUGGGCCGGUCUAUUCCAGACUACAGCGGGGUGUCUCAGCUCAAGGAAGAACAUUUAUGAUCAUUUCUUCACGGAAAUGCAAUCAGGGCAGAAGAACUACCGCGUCUGCAGAGCAAAAUGAUUAAUAUGGUGAUUAUUACUUAAAGUAAAUGAUAAAGAAAUGGUCAUAAAUAUUCUUCCUUGAGCUGCGUCCCCCCUCAGCAGUCUGUAAUGGACUGGUCUGUGGUCUCGCUACAAACAAGCAGCUGCCGGAAGAGAGUAGGUGAGUUGUGUUUAGUUUCUUUGCUAAAGAAAUCAGGCAAAGUUAAAAAGAUGUUUGGUGGCUAGUGCUGUGGCUGGGACUCUAUAUGUACUGUUGAUGAAGUUAGGUGCUGUUCUGAUCAUUAUUUGUGGCUAUAGAGUGGCGUUUUGGUUUAGGUUUGUUUAUGGCUCCAUAGACCGCUGUGUAUUGCUAUCCUGCGGUUGUUACUGAAGUUGGUAUAACUAGAGAAGCAAGCAGACGGCAACUUUCAUCUCUCAAGGGGGUGUCUAACUCGGUGUUAGGGUGUGUUUGACCCUAAAUUAUUUUACGCCAGAAUAUCCCUUUAACACUGCACCGGUACUGUGUGUUGCAGUGUCACAUCAUGUGUAACUAACUCUAAACUAAACUCUAACUAAAUCUUUCGAAGUGUCUGGACAUGAAAUGAGACAUAGUAUGAUGAAAGAAAGCCUCUGUGGGUUUUGAUAACUUUUAUUUUCUUUCUCCAUCUUCACAGAAUUCCAUUCGCCACAACUUAUCACUCCACAACAAGUUCUUGAGGGUCCACAAUGAAUCAACAGGAAAGAGCUCUUGGUGGAUGCUCAAUCCAGAGGGAGGGAAGACUGGCAAAGCUCCUCGCCGCCGGGCCGCCUCCAUGGACAACAGCAGCAAACUGCUGAAGAGCCGCAUGAGGGCCAAGCAGACUAAGAAGGCAGCAGCAGGUGGCCUGGGGGGCACAGGCGGAGCUGAUGGCAGCACAGGCUCAGGUGGUGCAGACAGCCCUAAUUCAUCUCAGCAGUUUCCUAAAUGGGCUGUUAACAGCAGCAGUCCCUCAUCCCGUGGCAGCCUGGACGACAGUGACAUGUGGACCACCUUCCGCCCCCGUACCAGCUCUAACGCAAGCACUCUGAGCGGUCGCCUGUCGCCCAUCCCCCCUGUACAAGAGGAUGACGAUAACCUGCCUGAAGAUUCCUUGCUGGGAAGAUAUGCAGCCAGCAGCCUGACCCCCACCCUCACAGAGACCCUGAUGGAGGAGCUGGAUUUGAUUGACGGUCUCACCUUGAUGACUGGGCCGCAGGGAGGAGCAAGUCCUAGUACAGCUCCACCAGCACCUCCGACUCCACUGCCCUCUGCCUCCACCCUGCUGCCUCGUGGAUCCAGCUUCUCCACCUUCCAUCAGCUGCAACCAUCCAAUGUCUCACAGGCCCCCUCCCACACUGGGACCCAGGCCUCCAUUUCUCAGUGUGGCCCCACCAGCAAGGAGCCGUCAACCUUUAGCAACUCUCUCUUCAACCCCAUGCCCUCCUCCACCUCUCGUGGAAACAGUCAUUACAGCACCCGCGUACCCUCCAGCCUCGAGGCGCUGCUCACCUCUGACUCCCCUCCACCCAGUGAUGUAAUGAUGACCCAGGUGGACCCCCUCAUGCCCAGUCCAGGGGCAGUGGGCCUGAUGGGCCUGGGCACCUCUGUGGUGGGCGUUCAGUCCAAACCCAACCAGCUGCUUUUGGGUAAAGGCCUUGAGCCAAAUACGGUGACCCCUAUGAGCCUUCAGGCCCAAAUGCAGCCACAGCAGCAUCACCUUCACCACCAGCAGCAGGUGCAGCACCAGCAGCAACAACCACAGCCACGACAGCAGCAUCAGCACCACACUCAGAUGGGGUUGGGGAUGAUCCUCUCAGGUAUGUCUCAGGACCCAUCGCAGCUUUCUGCCCUGAAAGCCCAGCAUGCCGCGGGGCCGGCCAUGGGCUCACAUCACGGAGCACCUGUUGCCUCAGCCAAUCCAAGUGUGAGUCUGCAGGGGAUGAAUCCAUUCGGAGCUCCAACCUGCUUCCAGACCGGUCAGGACCGCCUGCCCACAGACUUGGACAUUGACAUGUUUACUGAGAACCUGGAUUGUGACGUGGACUACAUCAUCAACAGUGACCUCAUGGACGGAGAUGGCAUAGACUUCAACUUUGACCCCAUACUGCCUGGAGGCCAAGGCUACGCGGGCCCGGCCACUACACAGGGCUCUGCCCACAGCUGGGUGCCCAGUUAAUCUCUUGGCUGACUACACAGUUAGCUAGGUACACUAAGUAUUAUUGAUCUGUUCUGAAGUUAUUUUCAUCAGUUUCUUUGUCUGAGAAAUUACAAAAAGUUUAUGAAGCUCUAACUGUCCAGUUGUGUGUUUUUCAAUGACCUCAUCUCAGUGAGAUAGUCAAGCUAGAGUUUGAAGUACAUCACUUAUGUAACCUGUUUUUAUGGCACAGAGAGGCAGCAACCCUGGUAACUUUUGUUAUCAUCUUGUCUUGCAGGAACUAAUCUCCAAUCAAGAUAACCUCACAGAAUGAUCCAUGCAUUCCUCCUCCCUGCUGGCUGAAGUUAAUACGAGAUUUCUCUUGGACUGUAAAGACAAAACCAGACCUCACUUGUGUCAUGUGCCAAGAGAUGUGGGGACAGGGAGGAGAUUCAGGCGACUAUGCACAUUUUUUUUUCUUUCUCUUAUUUUUUUUGUGUAAAAUAUAACACUCACAAUAGCUGGGCUGCUCGCCAUUUUUCUUUUUAUCUGAACUGAUUUCGUUUAAAGAUGUGUGAUGUAAUAUUUUCAGAGUGAAAAAAACAAAUCAUUAAGUUCCCACUGCCGGGAGUUUUUGUUUCAACUUUGUUACACCUGAACAGCUUUAGGGUGGAUAUAUGGUACUCAGUGGCUUUGGAUUUGACGACCCAAAGGACUAUGCAUGUUUGGAGAAGUGGCCAGUUUUCCACUGAAACUCGCCAGACCAAAUGUCGUGUGAUUGUCUGUGCAAGGUUCACAGAGAAAUAAGAUUCACCUAAAGGUGUAGAGGAGAUUUCUGAGGACUGUUUACUGUGCUUUAAGCAGAUGGAAGAAAAAGAUUGGAUGAUUGAACGUAUGAAAACGUUGGCUUCACAUCUCCCUCAACCGUGGACUUGGACGUACGAUUUUAAGUUGCUCACUUUGGAUAAAGUGAUGUUUGUUUUUCUCCAAUAAGGAUUGGUGAUUGAACAGUUAUAGAGGGCUUUGUUUUUGCAAUUUGGCAUUUGGUGUUUUGAGGUAGAUGUCAGAUAGAGGGUGUGUUUUCCUUUUUUAAUCCCUGAUGUGCAGUUGAUCUAACAAAAUGAAGAAAUGUGAUUAGUGAAUUUUUACACAGGGCAUUCAAGGGUUAAUGUAUUUGCCAACAAGUGAUUGGUUGGCCAAGUAUUAAUCAGACAGCAGUACGCCUCUACUGUCAAACGCUCUACCUAAUUGUGUUUUCCUUUUUUCUUCACACCUGUGCGUUUUCAUAGCACUUAGGUUUCCUGCAACACGGGAACCCCAAACUUCAGCAGAGAAUAAUCCAGGUUCGGUUAAACCAUUUCAUUGAAAGAGAGUUUGAACCCUGUAAAGCAUGUGAUGCACAUGUUGCACAUGUACAUGAUGACACGCUAUGCAGACCUAUCAGGAGUACUAGAUGAAAUAUUGAAGGAAAUAAAAAAAAAUCACUUCUUGAAGGGUUUUGAUAUUUAAUAUUUUCCUGAUAUUUUCUUGUGUAGGGGGUUGUGAGGGCUUCACGUCAGGAUACCCGCUCACAGUUGAAUUGUUCAGUACUUCAAUUAACUAAGGAACAUUCAUUGUGUAACAAGUGCAAAAAAGAAUAUAUUUGAUCAUAGUUUUAAUAUACAAUUUAGAUGGAGGUAAUAAAUGAGAUAUUAAUACACAUAAAUAUAUUACUAAUGACAAGUGAUGCUUUUUUACAUUGGAAGAAGAAUUUUCAGAUAAUUUCUAACGGUAAUUUUCUAUACUUUUAUUUUUGUAAAGGAUGAGAUGCAUGUAGAUUUUUUUACAUAACCAAAGGAACACUAAUAUUAGCAUUUGCAUGGCAUUUAGGGAGCGCUUGGACCUGACUCAGUAUCUCGGUGUACAUAAGCUUUGUAAAAGAUGCCUGUAACUCGAAAAAAUCUGACUUCUGAAAAGAGGAGUGAGGCAACUAGAGCAAUACUUGACCAUUGGAACUAAAAUUCUCAAGUGACCUGCCACGUUGUUGUUGUUUUUUUCCGUUUUUUGUUUUUUUUUUUUGCAUCUAGCGUGCAACCAAGUAAAAAUCAAAAAGCGAUCUGAAAUGUGGCCGUACUCCAAGAAAAAAAGAUCAUUAUAUCCUCAUCUCAAAAUGAGACUAGUGCAACCGUUACCUCCAGGGGUCACUUGGUAAAGAACUCCACAGGAAACUAAUUCUGCAUGAACAUGAUCAGAUCUUGUGUCAUAGCAAGCAAGAAACUAUCAUAUUUAUUUUUACGUAUUUUUUUUUCUUCUGUUAUUGCAGACUGGAAAUCAAAACUGAAAUGCUUUUGUUUUCCUGGAGACAUUUCUGUCAACUUGACCUCAAAUUUGACUCCUACUUUUCGAGAAAUGUUUUCUAAUCCUACAGCAGCCAGGUAUCAGAACUAACCGAUCUCUUUUUUUAUUUUUUUUUUUGACUGCCAAUAUUUAAAACACUAUCGCAUGAUUUCCCUGUGUGGCAAGAUAAACUCUAUCUUGUGAUUUUACCCCCUAAAAAUAUUGUUUCUUGUUUGUAUUUAAUGACGUUCAUAAUAUCGUAAUGUUGACGAAUAACACCCCUGCAGUUUAAUCUCUCUUUGUACUCAUCAUUUCACUGUAGCUAUGUGAAUAUUUUAGCCUCUGACUUGUAAAAAGCACUCUCUUUUUUUCACUUUUGUUGUGUUUUUCUCUCUUUUUUUUUUGAAUGGUGCUAGAUGUCAUCUGUGAUGUAUCCUGGAGUAUGCCAUCAUACAACAGGGUACAUAUCAGGUUUAUUUUGAAUAUUCUGUAUACAGCACAAGGAUCUUGAUUUGGUGUUGAAUGGUGGCGCACAAUCAGCAGUCCUUCUCCCUCAUCGUUUUUAUGUUUAUAUAUCUAUGACCCCCUCCUCCAAAUCCCAAACUGGUGACUUAGAUCUGGAAACAGACGACCAGCUUGUUUUAUCGCAUGAUUAUUUUGUUAUUACUCUAAAUCAUAACAUGUAACUAUUUUAGAAAGUUGUAUAUGCAACAACCCCCUGGUGUUAAAACUUCCUUUGUAUUCCCUCUCUGUGUUAUUACAACUAUCUGCAUAUGUUUUUCUUCAGUUAUCUCUAACUAGAAGUUAGUCACUGUAUGUUUGUUUUGACAUUUAAACUUGACCCAUUUAAUACAGCAUUUUAGUAUUUGGCAUGGGGUGGGUUUUAUAUUUGAAUGAUCCCAUAGAGAAGGGUGGGGUGGACAGGGAAUGAUAAGUUGUGCAUAAGCCAAUAAUGUUAAAGAAAUUUGAUAAAUGUUGAUAGUUUUCUUUAUUUCUCUUUCUCCCCCCUUUCAGUAUCUUUUCCUUCUUUUCUCAUUGUAAAGUCAGCCAGAGAUGACAAACAGUUCUGAACAGCAGGAAUAAAUUCAAUAAACUGUUUAACCAACUGUUUCUAAGUCUGCCGGUCUAUUAUUGUGGAUUAAUCUAGUUUUAUUUUACUUGUAAAGGCACCGUGUUCAAUAUUGCAACGAAUGUUGCCAUUUGGUGCAGCUAGUUUAAAGAUAAUUUACAUCUGUAGUCCUGCAGCAGGUCACAGUUAAAAA